AUGCCAUUCGGAUGCGACAUGACGGGAAGGGGUCAGAGGUCGCGGGGAUCACAGGUGCAGUGGAAGGUGAUCCAAGAGGGGGUGGUAAUGGUGGAGGUGGAAGGUGAAUGCGGAGUAAGGGGGGAGGAAGGGAGGAGGAAGGGGAAGGGGGGCGAGAAUGAAAAGUUAAAGUGGCUUGAAUGA